AUGGUCGAGCAGGCAAGAAAAUUCGUCAACGCGUUCACUUCCAAGAGCACUCCAAUAAGGCCAAUUGUCGUUGUCGACUCGAUCACGUCGUCCACGUUGGAGCAGGGCCAGACGCGAUCAGCUGGACCACAAACAGAGCCGACACGCGAAGCGCAAGCUGGCAGGGCAAAAUUGCGGACAGCACAGCAGACCAGCAGCCGUGGCGAGAUCACCACGGAGGACCAGGUUCGAGGGGAGAUCCAGGCAGAGCCCGAGUCGACCGAGGUUCACACACGAUCGAGUCUUCGAAAGCAAAUGUCUUGA